UAUUUGACAAAAACAAUCAAUCCGGUUUUAGCUUGUGGCUUGUUUUUUGCUGAUUGGAAACGGGAGUAUAAAAGAUAAAGCGCGAGCUGGUUAACAACAAAUUGCUUAGUUGUUUCGUCUGCGACCAUAUCAUCCAAGACACUUAGGAUGCGUGUUUUUAUUGUUUUGGUACUUUGCCUUGUCGCAGUAAUGGCUGACUACGGCCACGGCAGCAGCGGAGGCUAUGACCAUCAUAGUGGCGGUGGCGGCUACGGCCAGGGUGGCAACUAUGGUCAGGGUGGCGGCCAUGGCGUGGGUGGCGGCCAUGGCGUGGGUGGCGGCCAUGGCGUGGGUGGCGGUCAUGGCGUGGGUGGCGGUCAUGGCGUAGGUGGCGGCCAUGGCCUGGAUAGCGGCUAUGGUCAGGGUGGUAGCCAUGGUCAAGGUGGUGGCUAUGGCCAAGGGGGCAGCUACGGUCACGAUCAUCAUGGAAGCGGCUAUGACCAUCAUGGUUCAGGUGCUGGACACCACCACGGAGGAGGUGGUAAAUACCAUUAAGAAAAAUCCAUUUCAACCAAUUACAUCUAUUGUGAUACGAGUGCACAUCUUCAUAAACAAAAAAUCCACUUUUUUAAAAUAAAUUUUUAUUCUAUAUUGAA